ACCGGAAGUCGAAUCUUUUAACCAAUCGACCUUGACGGUGGCUGGACGUUAUUUGAGCCGUGGAGUUGGGACAAUUAUAAGGAGCAUGAGGAGGAGGAGGAAAGUCAGCGUCUCACCAUGGUCGGCAACAACAGGAUCACAGUAACGGCUCUGGAACAGUUUCUGAAUAAACCUCCUUCGGGCUUCUCCGUUAAAACUCUGGACUCCGGGUACGAGGUCCACGGCGACCCGGAGAAAAGCCUGGUGCUCAUCGAUGACUUGGAGCUCAAAGGGAGGAAGGUUGUUUUCCAGAACUCCAUGGGAAGGACGCUCAAAAUGCACGACCUGUGGGAGUACACGAGCACGAGGAAGAGCCUGCUGUCCAAGACGGUCUAUCUGCUGGCGUCUGCCUGCGAGGGACGCCCCGCAGCCGCCGCGGGGAAGGCGGCCAGCAAACCCAGAGAGUCGCAGCGGUUCGUGGUCUCCGUCGACGGCGACGACCCCUUCGUCAAGUGGCAGCUGGAGAGGGGCCUGGACUGGACCAUCGCCUCCGUGCGUGGGGAAAGCUACAGGGUGGACGUUGACCUGAGUGAAGCGCUGCAGAGCUGGGCUGCAAAGCACCUUCCCGUCAAACCCGUGUGGAGAGACGCAUCGUUCACCCUCAAGUACUGCUCUGAUGCCCUCUUCGACUUCCCACACUGGCUUGGCUUCAGCAAAAGGAAAUUCAGUCUGCGACUGACAUGAUGCGGCGGAGAGCCGAGGGGAUCCCAGUUCAUCUGGCCGGGUUUGGACCGUGGAAUCAACCAACCCCCGAGCAGAACCGGGAACCGGGAGUGUCUCGGUGAACAGACGGACGUUUGUUUGAGCAAGAACCAGGCAGGUUCAGGACGAGCCUGAGUUUUAGAGCUGCAGUAAAGAUAAGAAAAAAACACAUUUCAACUGCCGCUUUGUUUAGUGGGUGAAGCCGCUUGUAGUGCGUCUUUUUUAUUCUCAUCACAUAUUGUACAGCUGUUAUACAAGAGCUUAAUGAUCAACCUUUACAUCUAUGCACUUUUGUAAAAAAGAGUUUAAAAAGUUUGUAAAAAUUUACUGUGUCACUUUCAAAUACAAUAAAUGUUGCAUUGUGGCAUUGAUGAA